UCUAACUUUAUUCUCGAUAACUCUCUUAUUGAUCUCGGUUUCAGUGGCCCCCGCUUCACUUGGUGCAAUGGGCAAGAUGGCCUGCCCUGUCGCUGGGCCAGGCUUGACCGCUUCCUUGCCAACCCUUCCUGGAUUUCCGCUUCUCAAAACUUUUCUAACAAGCACCUUGCGAAAACCAAUUCUGACCACUCCCCCCUUCUCCUUACUAUUUAUGAUUCUGAUUUCAAAAAACCUAAAAUCUUUCGUUUUGAAAAUUUUUGGCUCGAUUAUGUGGGUUGCCAUAACAGUGUGUUAAAUUCUUGGAACUUGAAUACCUCUUCUUCUCCCCUUCACUCCUUCUCUCACUCCAUUUCUCGCACUAAGCAUAACCUUCUUAAGUGGAGAAAUGCAAGUCUUUGCCCCAUUGAUUCAUAAAUUCAAAAUAUUGAGAAGGAAAUUGCUGCCAUCGAAGAUAACCUGAUUAACAAUAAUGACGGGAACCACUGGAAUCACACCUGGCUUCGAGCACUAUACAACCGGCACAAGGCUCUCCUGCGCCAAAACUCUAUAUUCUGGUCCCAACGUGCCAAACUGCAAUGGCUGCAGCAUGGUGAUCUCAAUACCAGGGUCCUGUGGCGCCUCUGUUGAUUCCCCAAUCCAAGCUGAAAUUGAAGCCAUUAACCUUGCCCUGGAGCUUUGCAUUGAGAAUAAUUGGACUCCUUCCAGACUCUUCUGUGAUUACCCUGGAGUCUUUCUGAUGACCAAAUCUUUUCACAAAUCGGUUGCUUGGCGCCUCGAGCCAACCUUCAAGAAGAUGCUGCAUCUUUUGAGCUACUUCCCCAGCAUUUCUUUGGAAACCAUCGACCGCGACUCAAAUAUCCUGGCGGAUGCCCUAGCGAAUUUCGGCCACUCAAAUCCUGAAAUCUCUCUCUUUCUUCAGGGCCGUGAUCGUCCCCGUUGGCUGGAUGACCUGUGCUCCCAUCUAAAGCUCUGUUUCUAGUUUUUUGUCUUUUUCUUUUUUCUUCUUUAUCUUUUUGCCCUCCUUUGCAAAAAAAAAAAAACUCACAGGCCACGCUGCAAACAUCCCUCCAAAUCAUAUUAGAUGGUAGUAAUUAAGGCAGACUCAUAAGAAGUUCUAUGGGUACCUUCUACUCCUAUGUUCAUAUUUUUGUGAUCUAUGGUGUGUAAUAAGCAUGUGCAAGAACUCAAAUGCACAUUAUUUUGUGUGUUUUCCCUAGUUGCUUUAAGAAUUCCUCCACUAUUUCCAAUAACUCAUACAUUAUGUUAUGUGUUUUCCUUGGUUUCUCUAAGAACU